ACGACUCUAGUUUCCGGUUUUUGUUUCUGCUUUUCUGCUUCUACUUCCAGUGUAAAGAUUCGACUGCUCAUUUGAGUGUGAAGAAAAUCUUAUAUUUUUAUUGCAUUUAUUCCAUUUCUUACUCUUUAAAAUAUGUUUAAAAACGACUCUCAAUCCAUACAACAAUUAUUAGUUGCCGAAAAACGAGCAGAAGAAAAAACUAAUCAAGCAAGAAAGCGCAAAAAUCAACGUCUGAAACAAGCUAAAGAAGAUGCUCUUACUGAAAUUGGACUCUUUAAAGAGGAAAAGGAAAAAGAGUUUAAAGAGCAUGAGGCAAAGUAUCUUGGUUCAAAAGACGGUGUUGUCAAAAAAAUUGAAAGUGAUACAGAAAAAUCUCUUCAGGACAUGCACAAGUAUGUUCAACUGAACAAAAAUACGAUCAUUCCUUACCUUCUCGAUCAAGUUUUUCAGAUUAACUGUGAACUCCAUGCUAAUUUUAGGAUAGGAGCAUUUUAAUCAGUUCGUUAAUUCAUGUAUUGGUUUAGCUGUUGAAUUUGCUAUAGUGAGUAAAUUCAUGAUGUACUGAAUGUAGUCUUAUUACUAGAAAACUAUUCAAUGUAACGAAAUGCUUUGGAAAUAAAAAGCUCAGUGGAACAGAUUACCAACAUUCAAAAAAAUAGUAGCUUGAAAUUUUGGGUUUAUAAGUAUAUCGAUGAAAUUUAGUUUGUUGACUUAUGACUAAUCUUAUUAAUUGAAUUUGAUUUGAGUUUAAUUGCACUGCUGUGUUAUUAAAUAAGACGGUUUUAAAUGAAAAAAAAUGCAUUUUGUUAACAACUUCUUGUUGUUGUAACAUUUUUCUAAACUCACUCAAAUGUUAUUUAACCUCUUCCACUUAACUCUUCGAUUGUAUUUCUAACCAUAGAAAAAAAAAUCCUCGGAUACAAAUCAUGAUAAAAAAAUAUAUUGUUACAAUAUCAAAAAGCAAAAAUUAUUCCCUUUUUUUUAUUAAAAAAAAUGUGUUAGUGAAAUAGAAAUUAAUGUAACGAUUAAAAAACUGUUCUAAAAAUGUUUUCUAAAUCAUUAAAAUCAAGUUUGAAAAAUUUAAGAAUUAUCUUUUUUGAAACUUUUAAUGGUGCUUAUAUAGAACUUUUUUUUUAGCCUGGCACGUUGGCUGAUGAAUUAAUUCUAAAUGCCAGUUCUUAGCUGCUAAAUCCCUAUAGUUUCCUAGUAAUAACGCUAACAUUCCAAGGAAUGGGUUUUUUGCGAAUUUCAAAAUACAGCAUUAAACUUGUGUUCGAGAAAAUGUAUGUAAUCAAGAUACUUUAACUAAGAAAAUGUAUAGAAUAGAUUGCGAAACUAAAUUUGAAUGAAAGUUUGGUAAUGUUCAUAAUUAUAUUUUUAUCACCCGUUUGUCAUAAAACAGUUUUAUUUCGUCAUCAACGAAGGUAGCUACAAUUGAAUGUGAUAUUUUCUGUAAAAAACUUAACAAGAUGUUUUUGUGCUAUUCCACGAAGAAGUAUUUAUUUUAAUCCUGAUGCAUUUAAAUUGUUUUAAAUAAUUUUAAAUAAAACUUUAUAAAUAAAUGCUGUGAUAUUUUACUUAAAAUGUAGCCUAAUAAAUUUCACAUUCAAAUAUUUUGUAAAAUACUUUGUAUUUUCAUGUGAAUAUGUGGAACGGUCAUAAAAAUGAAAAUCAUGCAAAUUUCUUACGAUAUUAAAGAUUAUAUUUUCUCCAUUUUGAA